UGGAGAAGCGGUGCACUCUCGCACGGAGUGGUUGGUCAGCGGGGCUGGGAUUGCGCCUCGCGGUUUGAGAACGGUGGGCUUCGCCUCGCCAUGUAGCGCGGGCUGCGGGCGCUCUCCUCUCGCCUCGUCUGGUGGAGCCGUCCUAGGGCAGCUCGGCGGGGACCAUGCGGAGAGCCCCGGUGCCCGGGCUGCUCCUGCCGCCUCCGCCGCUGCUGCUGCUGUUAUUGGGGCUGCUGGUCCUGGACAGGGGCUGCGCAGCGCAGUACUCGAGCGAUCUGUGCAACUGGAGAGGGAGCUUGGGGCAAUCGCGCCUCGCAUAUCCUGGGGCAAUCAGUGGAUUAACACAUGAGUCUCACAAAAAAGAUGUUGAACAGGUCUACCUCCGCUGUUCUGAAGGAUCCAUCGAAUGGAUGUAUCCCACAGGAGCACUGAUAAUCAACUUGCGACCUAACAUUUUCCCUUCUUCUUCCAAACAUUGGAUUGUUUGCAUAAAGCCCCUUAAAGACUCUGCAGGAGCAAAUAUUUAUUUGGAAAAAACUGGAGAAUUGAAAUUGUUGUUCCAAGAUGGAGACCAUAGCCCCACCAGAGUGCAUUGCUUCAGCUUUGAACAGGGUGGACUCUAUGUUGAGGCUACCCCUCAGCAGGACAUUAGUCGGAAGAUUACGGGCUUCCAAUAUGAACUGAUAAACAAGGGGACGGCAUCAGAUUUGCACAUGGUUUAUGCUCCCUGCCGACCUUGCAGUGACACAGAAGUGCUCUUGGCUGUCUGCACUAGUGACUUUGUUGUCAGAGGUACCAUCCAAAAUGUAAUUAAUGAGGAGCAACAGCAGGAUUCUGUCAUUGAUGUGACCGUGAACAGAAUCUACAGACAGAAAACCAAGAUCUUCAAAGCAGCAGAGGAAAUUGGUGUCUGGGAAGGACAGAUCAAGACCCUGCUGCAGUGUGGGGUGAAACCAGGAGAAGGGGACUUCCUCUUCACAGGCCGCAUGCACUUUGGGGAAGCCAGGUUAGGCUGUGCCCCUCGUUUCAAAGACUUCCAAAGGAUGUACAAAGAGGCCAAGGACAAAGGACUAAAUCCAUGUGAAAUUGGCCCAGACUGAUGCGACAUUUUUUAUUUGUAGGUCAUUCUUGGGGCUCGGCCAGAUCUAAUUUUUAGUUGCUGCAGAUGUGCUGAUCUAAAUGGAAACUAAUAACAGAGUGGAACGAUCUGAUGUCCAGAAUGAAAUGAUGUGCUUAAAAGAAGACUGGAUGGGCAUCGAAUCAGGAAAGGUUUAAGAGUACGAGCUUCAGUUUCUGGAGGCUGGGCUUUGUGACCCUUGAGGAAUCUUCCAACUCUUAAAAUCUUAUGUAUACAAGAACCACACAAGCCAAUCCUUGUGGCCGAUGAUACUGUUAUGCUAACACAAGUGACUGAGGUACGAAUUAAAAGGAUCCGAGGCUUGAAUGCAGUCCCACAUCUUGUCCAUGUGAACUAAAUUAUUUUUGCAGCUUCCUUAGGGAGGAAAAAAACGACGAAGUAAUGAAACAACCUCCAUGUCUUAAAAAUAUCAAUUGACCGACAGACCUUUGUAUCUUUGUAAUACUAAAGUUUUAAAAUGUGUUAAGCAGAUGUAGUGUUUUGCAUGGUAUAAAUGGACAAAAGCGUGGUAGAAGCCGGUGAAACCAUCUUAACAUUGAUGCUUUGUAAAAAGCUUGGUGUACAAUUUGAAAUUGUUUCUUAUGACAGAAAUUUAUGAAACCAAACACUUGUUUUCCUUUUUUAAAAAAUGUUUUUUAAAAAUGAGAAUGUACAAUUGCCACCUGCAAUUUUUGCUCAGGCUGGUGAGUUGUUUCCAUUCCAGAGAAAUAAAAAAGUUUCUGGAUUUGAA